AGCCGGGUGGACCCUGGGCGGCUGGUUUGGGUGGGACUCAGGAGCAGACAGACAGACAGAUGGCUGCAGAGUGGGGAGGUGGAGCGUCCUCCAGGACGUCUCGGCCUUGCUGCCGGUCCUCACCGAAGGCCCCUCCCGCUUCCAGAUGACAGCGCUUCUGCUGCCAGCAGCAUGGAGGUGACAGACCGCAUCGCCUCCCUGGAGCAGCGAGUCCAGAUGCAGGAGGACGACAUCCAGCUGCUCAAGUCGGCGCUCGCCGAUGUGGUUCGGAGGCUGAACAUCACCGAGGAGCAGCAGGCGGUGCUCAACAGGAAAGGACCUACCAAAGCAAGACCACUGGUGCAGACCUUGCCUUUAAGAACCACCGUCAACAACGGCGCUGUGGUACCAAAGAAAGCCAGCGGCUCCCUGCCAGCCCCGCCGGGGGCCAGGAGAGAAGCCGCUGCCCCCGCCACAACCAAAAGUACCAUCAAGAGAACCAGCUCUUCCGAACGGGUGUCUCCUGGCGGUCGAAGGGAAAGCUAUGGGGAUUCCAAAGGAAACCGGAACCGCACGGGAUCCACCAGCAGUUCUUCCAGUGGCAAAAAGAACAGUGAAAGCAAACCCAAGGAGCCAGUCUUCAGCGCAGAAGAAGGAUAUGUAAAAAUGUUUCUUCGUGGACGCCCUGUUACCAUGUACAUGCCCAAAGAUCAAGUGGAUUCUUACAAUUUGGAAGCAAAAGUAGAACUGCCAACCAAGAGACUGAAGCUGGAAUGGGUCUACGGGUACCGGGGUCGAGACUGCCGGAACAACCUGUACUUGCUCCCGACGGGAGAGACGGUCUAUUUCAUCGCGUCGGUGGUCGUGCUAUACAACGUGGAGGAGCAGCUCCAGAGGCAUUACUUGGGCCAUAACGACGACGUGAAGUGCCUUGCAGUUCACCCCGAUAGGGUCACAAUAGCCACGGGACAAGUUGCAGGCACGUCCAAGGAUGGAAAACAGCAGUUACCCCCACACGUGCGCAUCUGGGAUUCCGUGACGUUGAAUACGCUACAUGUCAUCGGAAUCGGGUUUUUUGACCGAGCCGUCACCUGUAUUGCAUUCUCAAAAUCUAAUGGAGGCAGCAACCUCUGUGCAGUGGACGACUCCAACGACCACGUGCUGUCCGUGUGGGACUGGCAGAAGGAGGAGAGGCUGGCGGACGUCAAGUGUUCAAAUGAAGCCGUAUUUGCCGCGGAUUUCCACCCCACUGACACCAAUAUAAUCGUAACCUGUGGAAAGUCCCACCUCUACUUCUGGACGCUAGAAGGAAGCUCCCUUAUUAAGAAGCAAGGAUUAUUUGAGAAACAAGAAAAGCCAAAGUUCGUCCUCUGUGUGACUUUUUCUGAAAACGGUGACACCAUCACUGGAGAUUCAAGUGGCAACAUCCUGGUGUGGGGAAAAGGUACGAAUCGAAUAAGCUACGCGGUUCCAGGGGCCCACGAGGGCGGUAUUUUCGCACUUUGUAUGUUAAGGGACGGCACGCUUGUGUCGGGAGGAGGGAAGGACCGCAAGCUCAUUUCUUGGGAUGGAAAUUACCAGAAGCUUCAUAAAACCGAGAUUCCAGAACAGUUUGGCCCCAUACGGACAGUGGCCGAAGGAAAAGGCGAUGUGAUAUUGAUAGGCACGACCAGAAACUUUGUUCUGCAGGGCACGCUGUCGGGGGACUUCACACCCAUCACUCAGGGUCACACCGAUGAGCUCUGGGGACUGGCCAUCCAUGCCUCAAAACCUCAGUUCUUGACCUGUGGGCACGACAGGCAUGCCACCCUGUGGGACGCUGUUGGUCACCGGCCCGUCUGGGACAAAAUUAUAGAGGAUCCAGCUCAGUCUUCUGGUUUUCAUCCUUCAGGGUCUGUGGUUGCAGUCGGAACACUGACUGGGAGGUGGUUCGUGUUUGACACAGAAACAAAAGACUUGGUCACCGUCCACACGGAUGGAAACGAACAGCUCUCCGUGAUGCGUUACUCACCAGAUGGGAAUUUCUUAGCAAUAGGCUCCCAUGACAACUGCAUCUACAUAUACGGAGUCAGUGACAACGGGAGGAAGUACACGCGGGUCGGCAAAUGCUCGGGUCAUUCCAGCUUCAUCACCCACCUGGACUGGUCUGUCAACUCACAGUUCCUCGUGUCGAAUUCCGGAGACUAUGAAAUCCUCUACUGGGUUCCUUCUGCCUGUAAGCAAGUCGUGAGUGUGGAGACCACGAGAGACAUCGAGUGGGCCACAUACACCUGCACGUUGGGGUUCCACGUCUUCGGAGUGUGGCCAGAGGGCUCGGAUGGAACCGACAUCAACGCCGCCUCUCGGGCCCACGAGAAAAAACUCCUGUCAACCGGCGAUGACUUCGGCAAAGUGCACCUGUUCUCCUACCCCUGCUCACAGUUCCGGGCUCCCAGCCACGUGUACAGUGGGCACAGUAGUCAUGUCACCAACGUCGCCUUCCUCUGCGACGACAGCCACCUCAUCUCCACCGGCGGCAAAGACACAAGUAUCAUGCAGUGGCGGGUCGUGUAGUCCCGGCAAGCCCUGGGGGGCACCAAACGGCCAGGAGGCACAGACUCGCAUCUCGCUCGGUCACUGUGAUUUCUGCUUUGUUCGAAACGUCCUCACAAAAACCUCAGGAAAACCAUGCCCUUUACCGGUUACCUUAGCUUAGCGGAUCGGUGAGCGUCACAGCGGGUCAGCUGUUCAGGUCUCUCUUUUGUUGUACAAUAUAUGAAACAUUUAAUAUAAAAAAAAGAUGCCACGGUUUACAUUACAGUGACGUCGAGAAGUGACUGGUGUAUCCUUCGUAGCUUUUCUAUGAACUCUUCAAAAACGGUCACAGAAUGCCUUUGUCAAAGAUUGUAUAUAGGCUUUAGUGUCUCGCCGUCGAGCUUGCUGAGUCAAAUAUUUAUGAUAACGAGGUACUGAAUCAUGAUCACUGUUGAUUAAUUGGUCCUAAAAGGAUGAAUUGAUGGAGAACAGAAUGGAUAACUGAUCUGCACAACUGAAUCAGGAAAUGCAAAUAAGACUUUAUUUGGUUGACAUUUUCUAAGGUUUCGUUCAGUCGUCCCUCUGGGAGGCUUGUGAGAAAAGGGGUCAGGUUCUUCUCGUGUCAAGCAAAUUCUGCCUCAGAUUAACUUAAUUAUUGCAGCAGGGUACCCAGGCACUUCAGAGUCCCUGGACUGUCUGCCUAACCGCAUGCAGCCAGCCGCUUAACGCUACACCAAUCGCAUCCCCUCUGUCCCCCAUUCACGGGCCCGGGUGAGUGGUGGAGACAGUUGGCCACCUUCCUCUGUAUAUUAAUUGGCAUGAUAUGGUAUUGUAUAGGAUUUUAGCAAUUCUUAAUAAAUACGUCAGGCUAGGCUUUACUAUUUUAAUGCUUAUGGACAUUGUAUAUUUGUAUUUUAAGACCAAGUAGACCAAGUCACAAAGGUCUCUCUCUAGCGUACCAUCAGCCGCGGCCGGGAGAAGUCUGGAAAGCUCCACCAGGUUCUGAAGGCAGCUUCUCUUCCUGUCUUCUGUGAAUGGACGGCCUGUUACACUAUGAACUAAGACUGCGCUCCGAUGGGUAACGCAAUAGGUGGCUUACGUUGUCAAGAAGGCCUUAUCCAUUUCGAUUGUGUGACAGAUUGAAAUCUAUUGUUUACAUUGGGGAAUGUAUCUCAGAUUUUAAAAUAGAAGAGUAAUAAACAGACUUAAAGGCGAAUAUUAAGAUUUUUACUUGUUCUAGGCAAGUACGUGAAUUGAACCGUCAACUCUACAGCACUGGUUGUUUAGAGUGGCUGAUGAAGCUGAACGUUGGGAAGCAUUUUUUAUCACAUCUCCAGCCUGCUGCGGAAGUGCCGGGCACCAGUAAACAAUAUGUAUUAAAGAUGAUUCUGUUUGUAUGUAUCCUUAUCAAAUAUAUUCUAUAAUGAAAUAAAAUCUGAAAAGUGAAUUUCUUAUUGAACCUAUAAUCAUGAAAGUAUAUAAAUUAAAAUAUUUAAAAUUUA